CAUUUUGGUCUUAGUUACUAAUUAUUUUUCUCCAAUUGUCUUGUUUUCUUCUUAGCUAGUCUCUCCUCUGUCCCCAAACCAAGAAACAAUUUGCAAAGAAAAAGCAAAAGGUUUUUGAAGAAGACCCAAUUUUAAAAGAUGGAAAUUGCAAGUCAAGAAGAUCAUGAUAUGCCCAUCCCAUUAAACACUACAUUUGGUGGUGGUGGUAGUCAUGGUCACAUGAUCCAUCAUCAUCAUGAUCAUCAUGCUGCUAAUUCUGCUCCUCCAACUCACAACAACAACAUUACUACUCAACCACCACCAAUGCCGUUACAUGGUAAUGGUCAUGGCAACAACUAUGAUCAUCAUCAUCAAGAUCCUCAUCAUGUGGGUUACAACGCCAUCAUCAAGAAACCCAUGAUAAAGUACAAGGAGUGUCUCAAGAACCAUGCAGCAGCUAUGGGAGGCAAUGCCACUGAUGGGUGUGGAGAGUUUAUGCCAAGUGGUGAAGAUGGCUCCAUUGAGGCUCUCACUUGCUCAGCUUGCAAUUGCCACAGAAACUUCCAUAGAAAAGAAAUGGAAGGCGAACCGGCAGCCACCGCCAUUUCCCCUUACCACCAACCACCUCCACACCGAAAACUCAUGCUCAACCACCACAAGAUCAGAUCAGCCAUGCCACACCAAAUGAUAAUGCCAAUUGGAGUCUCUAACUACCGGUACAUGCAUAACAACUCCGAGUCCGAGGACUUUAUGGAGGAAGAUGGCGUAACCACCGCAUCGAGAUCACUACCAAACCUGCCAUACAACCAGAAGAAGAGGUUUAGGACAAAGUUCACGCCGGAACAGAAGGAGAAGAUGCUGAGUUUUGCUGAGAAAGUUGGGUGGAAAAUACAAAGGCAAGAAGAUUGUGUUGUUCAAAGGUUUUGCGAAGAGAUUGGAGUGAAGAGAAGAGUCCUUAAGGUUUGGAUGCACAACAACAAGAUCCAUUUCUCCAAGAAGAACAACAUUAACCUCGAAGACAACGACAACGAAAAGAUCAACAAUCUGAACAAUGUUGAUCUGUCCGGUAAUAACGACAUGACUAAGAUCGUCCCAUGAUAUAACGUUAUUUCUAUAUGAUCUUUGAUAAUUAUGUAGUUAUCGUUAUGUUAGCUAUUAGGGUUUUAAUUUUAUUUUCUAGCUGGUUUGGUUUUAUUUAUAUAUAUAAGCUCAUUCGCUAUCUGAUUAAAGGCAUGGAUUUCAU